GCGGAAGUUCGUCUGGAGCUAACUUCCUGGAAAUAAACGUCAAACCCACCGGAUCUACUCCACCGGAUCGAUUAAGAAUCUCAAUCGUCUGAUCAUUCCCACGUAUCUUUGUUUUUCCAGGAGUUGAACCGAACCGGUACCAGAACCAUCUGCCGUAAAACAACUCUCUUUGCUAAUAUAGCAUCUGUUAGCUUAGCAGAAGCGGUUCGGUUUAACCCAAACUGAACGGACCGGUUCUUGCACCAUGGGAGCCCACCGCAGCGACGGAGACCGGGACUGGCUGGACCAGGACGGACCAGAACACCCGGUCCAGAACCCGAAGCCGUGGAACCUGAUGAUCAAACACCGACACGUCCAACGACGAGGCCGCCGCUCACACACCACCGUCAGCUUCACGGAUCCUCAGGUGUCCAUGGACCUGCUGAGGGCGGUGCUCCAGCCCAGCUUCAACGAUGACGUCAUGGCAGUGUUCAAGAAGUACCAGAAGUUCUUUGAGAAGGCGGCGCAGAACGUGAAGGACAACAUGGGAGACGACGUUCAGACGGAUCAACUGAUGCGGGAGGCCUGCAGGAACGCUCUGGAACAUGCCAAACAGCUGUUUCCAGAGGUGGAAGGGAAGAGGGUGGGGCCAGACGUCACCUUGAAGAGAUCCAGACCUGCUGAUGAUGACUGUGGUUCUGGUCACAGAGGAAGCCCACUGCCCAAGAAGAGGAAAAGCCGCCCGGGUGCCCUCCUCUCCUCUGAUCGAUCUGUGACCUUUUCUCUAGUGAAGCCAAAGUCUGAACCAAUCAAGAGGGAGGGGCCAAAGUGGGAUCCAUCCAGACUGAACGACAGCAGCACGUUCGUCCUCGGCUCAAGAGCCAACAAGGCGCUGGGGAUGGGCGGGACCAGAGGACGGAUCUACAUCAAACACGCCGACCUGUUCAAGUAUGCAGCAGAUUCGAAGGAUAAGCAGUGGUUGGCAGAGAGACAUCACAUGAGGGCGACCGGAGGAAAGAUGGCCUACCUGUUGAUUGAGGAGGACAUCCAGGACCUGUCUUGCAGUGAUGAGUACAGGGACUGUCCGGACGUCAGGAUGGACGAGCUGAAGCCGUUCACCGUUCCUCUGUGGAUGGUGGAGAAGAUGCAGCGAGCCAUGGAGGCCCAGAGAGACUCCGAACCCUGAAGGUCUCGGGACCAGGAGGAUCAUGUGACCCUCAGACCCCCUCCUAAUUUUCACUGAACAUUUUUACUUUAAAUACCCAAUAAAAUCUGUUUGUAGA